AUGGAUAAAAACAUUGGAGAGCAGCUUAACAAAGCUUAUGAAGCCUAUCGACAAGCAUGCAUGGAUAGGGACCAUGCUGUGAAAGAACUACAGCAAAAAACAGAAAGCUACAUGCAGCAAAUACGUGAACAGCAGGAAAAGAUAGAGCUUCAAAACAGCAUUAUUGCAAAACUGAAAUCGCAGUUAGCUGCUCUGAAUGCUAAUAGAGGUAAUGUGCAUCCCUACAUUCUGAUGCAUGAAGACAUUGAAACCUCUAACUUAUCUUUCAGCCAGCUCUCUGAAAAACUGAACAUAGCAAAGCAAAGAGAAAAAUUCUUAAAGGAACAGUUAGAAAGUGAGAGCAUGAGAUUGAAGCAACUUGAGGACAAAAGCAAUCAAAAGGAAAAGAAGCUCAUAUCUAUUAUUUCCAACCAAGAAGAUAAAAUAAGAACUCUGAAAAGCAAAUUGAAAGAAUUAAAUGACGCACAAAAGGGUAUACAGAUGCCAGCAUAUAAAAGGGAGGUGAAAAGUAAGAAAGUUGUUCCAGAUAAGCCUGAAUUAUCUCUAGGGAUCUCUGGUAUUUCUACUAUGCCUGAAAGGGAGAAUCUGGAGACUAUUUUCCAGGACAUGAAUGAAGAGUGUCAUCGAAUAUGUGUGCUAGCCAGAGAACAAACAGACCAACUGAGUAAAUUUAAGAUAAAGCCAGAACCUGAAACUGAAAUACAGUUUUCCAUGCCGAUACAGUGUACUGAUAAAACUGAUGAACAAGCAGAAGAGCUUUUGAAGCCUCGGGUUAUAAAGGAUAUAAAUAGAGGUGCAUCAUGCAUCACAUCUAUCACACCAAGAGGAGUGGGCCAAGAUGAGGACAACAGCUCUGUAGAAUCACUUUCUAAAUUUAAUGUCAAGUUUCCACCUACAGACAAUGACUCUGCUUUCUUGCAGAGCACUCAGGAAAAACCAACAGUUCCUUGUACUGGUGGAGCUGAAAACAUGCUUCAAGAUCAUCAUUUUAACCUGGAGCACAGAGACCGUACUGUUAACCUCGGUAGAUUGGAACCUAACUCAUUUGAAGCUCAUGGAGUUGAUCUCAUGACCUCAGCUUUACAAAGCCUAACUACUGUUGACAAAACAAACCCCCCAAGUCAUGCAAACAUGUCCAUAGAAAAUACCCGUGACAAAACAUGUAUAAAAACAACAGACACUGCUUUCACAUUUGUACCUAAGCACACAAACCAGGGUGUACCUGAAGUAUUUUUUUCUUCAGAAGCUGCUGGGACAACCGUCAGAGGUCCUCAUCAGCUCAUUUGGCAGCCUCGAGACAAUGAUUUGCUGGCACAAGCUUAUACAGACUAUGAACUGAAUCAGUGUGGAAUAUGUGAAUUCUGUCGAGAAGUUUUCCCACCAUCUAUAACAUCUAAGGAAGAUUUUCUUCGGCAUCUGAAUUCCCACUUUAAAGUACAGUCUUAAUGUAUGAGAAUUCAGUGGAUCACUGUUUUUGCAUACAUUUUAUGAUAUGCUAAGAAUUUAAGAAUUAAGACUUCUUGUAACAAGAACUGAUGACUGAAAUUGUC